AUGCAAGAUCCUCGCCGUUAUAUAGCGGCCCAAAGUCACAGCUCAGAUACUUCUGGUUAUCUUUCGUUCAGUAUUGGCGCGUCGAUCGAAGUUUCCGGUGAUCAUUAUGCUGACCGGUUAUGGGGGAAGCUUAAUGACGGCGUUGAAGGCUGGAUCGCCCAAGACACGUUUAAAAACUGCUUAUUUUCGGCCGAUUUCCUCGACGAUCUUGAUUUGUCGAUGGAAUCCCAAGACAGCACCGAAAAUGUUUCAAAUGAUUCAAAUACGUCAACGCUGGUGUUCAAUGGCUUGCAAUUAGCGUUCCCUCAAAAUGACAAAUCUGACUUUUUACAGCUCCGCAUGGACCCUGAUUUGGCUUACUUCGACCGUACUGGAUACAUAUCGGUGCUCAGUUCUUUCAAAGAAAAUGGCCUCGCUGUUGACCAGGAUGUCCAAGCUGGCACUGUCAUGCACAACCAAUAUCUUGUUCUGUCCUUCGACUUUUCCAAAAUCGAUCGCGAUUCUGAUCCCAAAGUUGCCAAAGCUGGACUCUUCGAAAUGAUUAACAAGGCUAUUGGACUGUUCUACGCUAAAUAUGCUGUUUAUCUGAAUGAAGCAAUCAAACUGAGCCAAAUGUUUACCGACCAACCACUUAUCAACCAGAAUAAUGCUAUCAGUAGUCUUGAUCAAUGUGUCAAUGUUGUUCAACUUGCGCUCCAAACAGCCGAAGGAGUCGUCAACCACCCACUCGCUGGUAUGAAGGGGAUAUAUCUCUUAGCCGAUGAAUACGAUGCCUUCGCCAACGAAUACUUGAAUCUCCAGGACGCCACAAGCUAUGACAGUAUCCAUAGGGGACAGUCUUCACUUAAGGACUUUUGGGCGUGCGUUAAGUCUUCAAUGGGCUACCAAAGGAUUGAAAAAUGUUUCAUUACGGGAGUGUUGCCAUUCUCGAUGACUGACGCUACCAGUGGUUUUAAUAUCGCGACAAACAUUUCUGAUGAAGAAGACCUCGCUGGGUUCUGUGGCCUCAGUUAUGGCGAUGUGCGUUUCGCUUUGAAGGCCUUCUGCAAAAAUGGAGACAUCGAGAAAUACUUCCGCAUCAUGGUGCGGCAUUACAAUGGUUACGGUUUCUCGCCAUAUUCUGCUUGGCGUGUCUUUAACACAAACACAUGCUUAGAGUAUCUUCAGAGUUUGCUAAGGAAUAAGCCGAUCAAUCCAAGCAAUCCUUCCAAUUGGGAAACGUCCGAAACUUUGCUCCAAAUACUAGCUAAAUCGCCUAUUGCAACUAGCAUCCUCGAAAAGGCCAGUAGCCGUGAUUCAGCAUUGGAUUUCGAUGUCUGGCGUGAACCGAUCCCACAUGGCAUGUUACCAUCAGAGUUCCGUUUCUCCGACUUGAACUUCUAUGAUGCAACUCGUCGUCUGACAAAAAUGUCUGCUAUAAAAUCCAAAUAA